AUGUUUUUUUCUUUCUUCCAGACGCUCGUGGAGCGUCAGACUCAAAUCAUGGUUGAGCUCAAGAACGACUUGCAGAUCACCGGCGCACUCCACUCUGUGGAUCAGUUCCUCAACAUCAAGUUGAACAACGUCUCCGUGGCCGACCCUGAGAAGUGCCCGCAUUUGCUGUCUAUCAAGAAUUGCUUCGUGCGAGGCUCCGCUGUGCGCUACGUGCAUCUGCCGCCUUCUGCAGUCGACCUCGCGCAGCUGCAGGAUCUGUGCCGGCGAGAGAGCGCCAACGGGCAGGACAAAGAGAAGAAGUAG